AUGGCCGCCAUGGCGGCGUCCGCGAUCAUGAAGAACAGCAAGGCCUUGCAGUUCGACGUUCGCCUUCACGGUGAUCCAGCCAAGCCCUGCGUGAUUUCCAUCGUGGGCACGGGUGCUUCAAUGAACAUGAUGAUGCCCAUUGUCGAAGGCCUGGUGGCACGUGACCUGUUUGUUAUCAACUAUAACCCGCGUGAUGUGUGCGGUACCGAGGUCUUUAAGCAGAUGGAGGCAAUGGUUCCUGAAGACAAGAAUCUGAUGGAGGAAAUGGGAAAAGUCUUUUCGGCCACUGGAGGCAUCAACUUGGACUCAGACUUCUAUGCUCCCUACAAUUGGUACGAUUUAGCUGACGAUGUAGCAGCCAUCAUGGAUCACCACAACAUAGCCAAAGCGAGUAUCAUCGGCUUCAGCACCGGAGGUGUCAUUGCACAAGUCACGAUGUGUAGGUUGAAGGAUCGUCUCAAUUCCGCGGUGAUUUGCAGCAGCUCAUACGAAGUGGUUCCAUCACAGGCACCUUUUGAGAAUCCAGCACUUCAGGAGGUGAUGGCAGCAGCAGCGGCGGUUUCUCCCGAGUCAACCAAGGAAGACAGAGUGAAGGGUUUGUUGCCUUCGUUCAUGUCAAUGUUCGAGGUUGAGGAGGGAGACCCAUGGCAGGCUGUACUGACCAAGGGAAUUGAAGAUGACCACGAGAAGGGAUGGAUGGACAUUUACGGAGGAAUGAAUCCCUUCUCAACACUGGCUUGGGCAAGUACUGCAAAGUCACACGACCAGCACCUUUCCAUGCUGGAGGAGAACCAAGUCCCCUGCCUUGUUGUUGCUGGCAAGAAGGAUCCAUUGGUUCCUUACGCACAGAGCGAAAUGCUGGCAGCAAAGACGGGCAGAGCAACCUUGGAAUCUCAUGAGUAUGGUCACAUUUUAGGUCCUGCUUCCAGCAGAGCUGCCCUUCUUGACACAAUUGCAGACUUCAUUAAGGCUCAUUCCAGUUGA